AUGAAGGCCAUCCGUCGCUCCCUCAAAGGGGACAAGGACCCCAAACCUCACCAUCAUCACCUCUCGCUGACCCCCAAAUCCGCUAUUGCCAUCCUCCCACCCAAAAAGGUCAUCAAAGCCCUCUACGACUACCACCCCGACCACUCCAAUUCCCAGGAACUCGCUUUCAGCAAGGGAGAUUUUUUUCACGUCAUCAGCAGGGAGGACGACGGCGACUGGUACGAAGCCUGUAAUCCUCUCAUCCCUAGUGCUAGGGGGCUGGUGCCCGUGUCGUUUUUCGAAGUCGUCGGCAAAACCGAGAGAGACAGUUCCGGCGCCGGUGGUCGUUCUUCUUCCUUGAUCGACCUCCACCAGCAUCACCACCAUAAAAAAGAACCCCACGACUCGGGUUUUUCGGAUCGCUUGCUCUCCCCUUUGGGUUCUUCCGACUCUGCGCAUCAUUCCUCCCCGUCCAAAUCGUCUUCUAUCUCCUUCCCGCGACUAUCAACAAUGGGCAAAGGCUCGGGUGCGAUGGUCUACGGCGUCGUCCAGUAUGAUUUCCAGGCCGAGCGACCGGAUGAACUCGACGCCAAGGCCGGCGAGGCCAUUAUCGUUAUCGCUCUAUCCAACCCGGAGUGGUUUGUCGCCAAACCUAUCGGUCGUCUCGGUGGUCCCGGUCUUAUCCCCGUCUCCUUCCUAGAAUUGCGGGACAUGCAAACCGGUCAAGCUGUCACCGAUCCGCUCGACGCUGUCCGGCGCGCCGGCGUUCCAAAGGUUGAGGAAUGGAAGAAAAUGACGGCCGAAUACAAGAAUAGCAGCAUCACACUGGGCCAUCUCGAUUCUGCUGCUGCAUCCUCUGGCGGCGGCGGCGGCAGCGGCAGCGGCGUCCCGUCCAUCACCGCGGGCAUGAAUAAGAUGUCUAUGAGCCAUACAAGCCAGAAUGGCAAUACCUAUGGAUACCACCAACGCAACCCCAGCAAAGGAACGCUGUCCUCUCACCACGUCUCGCAUCCCUACCCGCAAAAUUUCCACCCACCACCGCUCAUGGCCCCCGUCGCAGCGUCCAUUCCUCGAUACUGUUUCGACAACGAUAAAUACUGGUACAUUAUUGAAGCGAAGAUGGAGGACGGUCGUUGCUGGGAAUUGCCGCGAUAUUACCAUGAUUUUUACGACUUUCAGAUCGCGCUAUUGACCCAGUUUGAAGAUGAGGCCGGAAACCGCGGCAAGGCCCGAACUCUGCCGUUCAUGCCCGGACCCGUUACCCAUGUGACCGAUGCCAUCUCGAAUGGUCGUCGACAGAACCUGGACGAGUACAUUAAGAAACUGUUGUCCAUGCCCCCGCACAUCUCCCGCUGCACAUUAGUCCGUCAGCUGUUUGCCCCGCGCCCGGGCGAUUUCGAAAUCGAUCCGAGCGCCUUCGGGGAGGACGCGCGAUACUCGGCCGGAUCGCACCAAUCCUCGUCGGCACAAGAGGCCUCGCGCACCGCUUCGCGCCAGUCAUCCCAGGUACACCUCAGCGCGCAACCCGACCGGGCCUCUCACCAGCGGGGUCAGGGAUCCAUCUCUCAGUCCAACGGAGCGCCCCCGGCUAUGAACCGCCAACCCAGCUCCCUCACGCAAGUGUCUAGCUCGAGCGGUAACGCGAGCGGUGGUGGCGCCAUGAAGGUCAAGGUCUUCUUCCAAGAUGAUCUGAUCGCCAUCCGCGUCCCCAGCGACAUCAACCUCCAGCAACUCAAGGAGAAACUCACAGACCGGCUCAAGAUCGGCGACGGCAUUGUGGUGCAAUACAAAGACGAACCCUCUGGCACCGUGGUUGACCUGAACAACGACGGCGAUCUCGACACCGCCAUCCAGCGCAACUCCAAGCUGACGUUGGUGGUCGGAGUGGCAUAA